AUGGCUAUUUUUCAUCGCGAUUCAAUUGCCAGCUCGUCAUCCACUUCUCAAAGUAUCGAUGAUCCAAAUCAAUCUCGUAGCAGCACUGGGAGACUCUUUGGGCAUCAUUCUUCUCGCUCGUCUGUGUCAUCAGGGUCUCGCUCUUCCACGGGCAACACACACCGGCAUAGUAUUAUCCGUCGCCAUCCCGAAGACCCAUCUAUCCAAGCAGCUCGUGGACAAGUCUCCAGAGCGGAAGCUGCCGAGCGCGAUGCAGAUAAGGCCCUUAUAGAAGCCCGGCGCGCUGUCAAGCAGGCCAGAGAUCAUGUCAAGCAUCUAGAGAAGGAGGCAGCCGAAGAAGCUCGGCUGGCAAAAAUUAAACAAGACCAGGCCAAGUCAAUUUCUAAACGCGCAAAGCCACUGGGUCGUGAGUUCCGCCCAUCAUUCUUAUUAUCGGCAGAAACUUUGCUAAAGCACUUACAUAGGACAUAA